AAUGCUAAUAGAUGAACUGCUACAUAUAAAUAGAGAAGAGUACUAAAAUAUAUAAAAUAGAUAAAUAGAAAGAUUGGAAAUAAGAAAAGUUGAUGAAUUGAGGUAUUAUCAAAAGAUUAUACAAUUAAAAAAGUAUAUUCUUAAAAAUAAAUUAUUCAAAAAAGAAAAUUGCAGCCAUUUUAAAUAUUAUUUUGGUUAGCUUCCAUUCUGGGUUUCUUUUUAUUUUGUAAAUAAAUCCGGAUGAAUCAGUACCAGCAACAAAGUCGAUAUCAAGAUGGAUGAUAAAAUGGAG